UUGAAAAUAAUAUCAGCUGAUAAAGUGAAUGAUGAACCCAUAGUAACAGUUAAUGAAGGGAAAUUGAGGGGAGAAGUUGGAAAUUUAGUGGACGGAGCCAGAUAUUACAGUUUCAAAGGAAUACCAUACGCUGCGCCACCUAUUGGUAAUUUGCGAUUCAAGGCUCCAUUACCUCCAAAACCAUGGUCAGGUAUUCGCGAUGCAACAAAAUUCGGUUCCAUAUGCACACAAUUCAACACGACAUUUCAGGGAGACGAAGACUGUCUGUUUCUGAACGUCUACACGAAGGUUUUAGAUAAAAAAUCUAAAAUUCCCGUCAUGGUAUACAUUCAUGGGGGCUCCUAUUACGAAGGAUCAGGAGAUUUCUUUUUGGGAGAUUUCCUCAUGCAGCAUGAUGUUAUAUUGGUUACCCUAAAUUAUAGACUCGAAUUACUCGGUUUUCUAUCUUUAGGAAUACCCGAGGCACCUGGAAAUGCUGGUUUGAAAGACCAGGUCGCCGCGUUACGUUGGAUACAGAGAAAUAUAGAUCAGUUCGGAGGUGAUCCGAGAAGUGUAACUAUUUUCGGGGAAAGUUCUGGGGCGUCAUCUGUCACAUAUCAUAUGUUUUCGCCGAUGUCACGAGGUCUUUUCCAUAAAGUCAUAGCCCAAAGUGGCACGUGUAUUCACGAUUGGGCUAUCGCUAAAGGAGCCGAAGCAAGAGGUUUUAGAGCAGGAAAAAUUCGUGGAAAAGAGACAGAUAAUAUUCAUGACCUUUAUAACUUUUUUAUGAAUAUAGAUCAGUAUCAACUUACUAAUCUUACGUUUUCAACUCUCACAGACGAUGAGAGAUACAGAGGUUUACCUGAACAAUUUAUACCUGUUAUUGAAAAGAAAUUUCCUAAUGUAGAACCUUUUAUUACUGAGAACCCAGUUAAAAUGCUAGCAGAAGGUAAGGUGAAUAAAGUUCCUCUGAUGUUGGGUUAUAAUUCCGCAGAAGGUCUUGUAAUUGUAAGGGAUCAUAUAACAAAACUCGAUGUUUAUAACAGCCAACCUUCGUAUUACGUACAGAGAGAAGUAGCUGAGAGAGUGUCUAGUAAAAAGUUAAAAGAACUAGGUGAUAGAAUAAAAAGAUUUUACGUCGGUAAUAAUAACAUUACAGAGAAUGAUCAGAACACUAUUGCAGAUAUGCAAACUGAUAUGCACUUUUCAUACAACACACAUAGAUUCGCUGACUUAUACGCUUCACUUCAUGCCUCGACCUAUCUGUACAGAUUUAACUUCGUCACUGAUUUAAAUAUUAUUAAGAUUGCAUUAGAAUUGACAAAUUUAAAAGGAGUAUCUCACGCUGAUGAGCUUUGGUAUUUGUUUUACAACUACUUAAACGCAGAUUUGUAUAAAAAUCAACCAAGAUUGAGGGAAAUUAUAUACAAAGUGACCAAACUUUGGGCUGAUUUUGCCAAGACUGGCAAUCCAACGCCUGAUAACAGUGUCGGCGAAAUCUGGAGGCCUUACACAGUACAUGAGAAAAAAUAUUACAAUAUAGAUGAUUCAUUCUCUGUAGGAAGAUACGCUGAUAAAGAUAGAAUCGAGUUUUGGGAUAAAAUGUACGCAGAGGCCGGUCUACCACAUAUUUCCUCACAGAAAUGUCACCACUGA